AUGGAAAUGGAAAUGGAAAAGUUUAGCCUUCCAGUAGACUCCGAGCAUAAAUCGACCGUAUUCAAGAUAAACUCUGUGGCGGCGCCGCACAUGCGCGCCUUUCACCUCUCCUGGAUCUCUUUCUUCACCUGCUUCGUCUCCUCCUUUGCCGCCCCACCUCUCCUCCCCAUCAUUCGAGACAACCUAAACCUAACCGCUACCCAAAUAGGCGACGCCGGAAUCGCUGCCGUUUCCGGAGCGGUUUUUGCAAGAAUCACCAUGGGCACCGCCUGCGACCUUGUGGGACCCCGCCUUGCAUCCGCCUCUCUAAUCCUCCUUACUGUACCCGCAGUGUACUGCACUUCCAUCAUCGACUCCUCCAUCACCUUCUUCCUGGUCCGCUUCUUCACAGGGUUCUCACUCGCUACCUUCGUAUCCACACAAUUUUGGAUGAGCUCCCUCUUCUCACCUCGUGUUGUCGGAACAGCUAACGCAGUCUCCGGAGGUUGGGGGAACUUAGGUGGCGGCGCAACCCAACUCAUCAUGCCCCUCGUCUAUUCUAUAAUACAUGAUAAUAUUGGCGCCGCCAAUUUCACCGCAUGGAGGAUUGCCUUUUAUGUACCGGCGCUAAUGCAAAUGGCUUCCGCCUAUGGAGUGUUUUUCCUUGGCCAGGAUUUACCCGACGGCGACUUCGCCCAGCUCCAUAAAUCAGGAGACAAGCACAAAGAUGAUUUCAAAAAAGUCAUCUACAACGCGGUUACAAACUACCGAGGAUGGAUCACGGGCCUAACUUAUGGGUAUUGUUUCGGGGUUGAAUUGACAAUCGACAACAUAAUCGCUCAAUAUUUCUUCGACAGGUUCAACGUUAAACUUCACACUGCAGGGAUCAUAGCGGCGAGCUUCGGACUGGCCAACAUAUUCUCCCGGCCUGGAGGAGGGUGGUUGUCAGAUUUGGUGGCGAAGAGAUUCGGGAUGAGGGGAAGGAUUUGGGCAUUAUGGAUUGUUCAGUCAUUAGGAGGAGUGUUUUGCAUAAUCCUAGGGAAAGUGAGCUCUUUGAGUGCAUCGAUCGCUGUCAUGAUUGUUUUCUCGGUAUUUGUUCAGGCUGCGUGUGGCCUCACAUUCGGUGUAGUUCCCUUCAUCUCCCGUAGGUCACUUGGAGUAAUAUCGGGGAUGACUGGAGGAGGAGGAAACGUGGGAGCUGUCAUAACACAACUGAUAUUCUUCAGAGGAUCACGAUACACGACCGAGAACGGAAUCAGUCUUAUGGGCGUAAUGAUAAUUGCUUGUACGCUUCCAUUGUUACUCGUACACUUCCCGCAAUGGGGAGGCAUGUUUAGCAGUCCGUCCGACAUUCUCACGGAGCAAGACUACUACUUGAGAGAGUGGAGCCAAGAGGAAAGAGAGCAAGGGUUCCAUGAGGGCAGCUUGAAGUUCGCGGAUAACAGCAAAAAUGAAAGGGGGAAGAAGGUAGAUUCCGCUCCCACUCCACAGAGGACUCCACCUUCUGUAAAUCUGUGA